AUGUCCGAGCUAUCCGAACUGCGGACGCUCGUCGAGACGACACACGAGAUCGUCUCCGACCAGACGAAAGGUCUCGACCAGGGAACGCACAGCCUGGCCAAAGCAGCCAGUGGAAGUUCUUCAAAGGUUCUGAACGUUCUUGAGACCACAACCCCGUCCGCGUUCCUGUCUCUGGAAACUCGGCUCAGCCGCGUAGAAGAGACAGUGGCCGCAGCGGCUGAGACGGCAGCGGCCACCGUCGCUACCGCCAAGGAUGCCGCAGCGGCCGCCACAGCAGCGGCGUCAGCGGCCUCGGCACUCGCUCGCCGCUUCGACGAAUCGGUGGUCGGGAUCGACUGCCGUGAGCGACGACCAGUAGCCGACUCGGUUUCGGAUGGUCUUAGUCGAAAAGGAGAUCGAUCACCAAUUACCGACGGAGGACGACUCUCUCCCGCUCCUCAGCAGCAGUAUCAUCAGCAGCACGAGGGGCAGCAUCACCAGUGCCAGCACCAGCACCAACAGCGGCGGCAGCAGCAACACCAGCAGCGGUGGCAGCAGGCGGAAGAAAAGCAGCAGCAGCAGCAGGAGCAGCGGCAACAGCGGCAGGAGCAGCGGCAACAGCGGCAGGAGCAGCGGCAGACGAUACCACCUCCUGAGAUUCUGCUAGGUGGCAUCAUUUCAGGGAGUGCCCAGGGGAGUGGCACGCGAGGCGGCCGCAAGAGAAAAAACGACGAUCAGCAGCUGGAGCACCAGGAACCACCGUCACGCAGGGUUUUUCAACAGAGUUGUACUAACCGCGGCACGAAGCCGCAACUGUUGAUGCCGGUGAUUGACCUAACUUUCUCUGCUUCCCGCAAACUAACGAAUCAGUGGCAAGGAGCAGACGAGUCUCUGCGCUGGACCCAGCCUUGGGGUGGAGAAGCCGGCCCAGCUACCGCGGCGGCUGCUGGGGCAUCCAGUCGAGUCCGUCGAUCCCCCCGCCACGACCCGGAAACCCCACGUGGGGUUCUCGAGCAGCGGAAUUCUUGUCACGGCGGUAGCGGCGGAGAGAGAGAAGAACGUUUUCCUCCUUCCACAGGGGGUGCUUCUUCUUCGUUUGCGUCUUCAGCCGUACCAUACAACAACAGGAACAGCCAAAGGGUCGUCGACGAUGCGGAGGUAGACAUGCCGUCGUCAUCGCUACCAUUGUGCGAAGCGGACUCCUUCAACCCGUUCCAGGAUGCGGACCUUGUACCCAUCACUACCGGCUCGAUCGGGGCCAAAGCCCCCGGAAACGUGAGCACUUCACGCCGCCAAGGUAGCCGAUCGCCACCCGCGCCGAACACGUUUCCAGCCGAACAAUCCGCAACAAUGCGGUCUGGACUUGCGGUGCGACCCGCUGCCCGUGAUUCUUCCGGAAAAUCUCCAAUUGCGGAUGCCACUGCCGCAGCGCCGACGGUUUCUUCUUCGUCUUCCACGUCAACUCGACCGACAUCAACGGCUGGAACGCGGGGAGGCGCCGUCGCGGGCGAGCCAUCAUUUUCGGGUUCUCAUACUCGCAUGAUCACGAGGAAGGCCAAGGCCGGUCUGAGACAAGGCGAUGGUGGAGCUGGUAGGACCCAAGCUUCAGGUGCAGGAGACGCUCCGGUGGGCCACAUGGUACAGAGUCAGCAGCCUCCACCACCUCGUUCUUCGCCGAGCGGAUCAUCGGCUCCCCCGGCCGCUGCUAGCGGCAAUCCGUUCUCCCGAGGCCCGUCGAUGGACCGGGGCGACCCCGCGUCAUCGGUAGGUGGCGUACACACAGCUGCUGAGAGUAAGGCGAACUGCGAGCUUUCGCACGAUGUAUCUGUGCGUACAAACCGACGGAAUGUUUCUGGAUUGGAUCAAGCGCAAGCGGGGCUCAUUAGGUCUGACGGAAGAACGCCGCACGAAGAGAGUGGGAAAAGGAAGCCAACAUCUGCAGACGUAGGUGUCAUUGAGGACGAGAUUGAGGACUAUGAAGACUCGCUUGGCGGCCCGGGUUUGACGGUCGAGGCGUACAUGGCUGAGAAGCACAAAGCGAAGAGGUACCUCAAAGGACAAGAAGGCGGCGACGAGUAG